AUGGCCAUCGAACUAGGACUUUCCAAAAUAAGUCGUCUUUUGUCGCACCUGGGAAACCCGCAGAACAAGUUCAAGGUUCUACACGUUGCUGGAACCAAUGGCAAAGGCUCCGUAUGCUCAUUGUUACAAUCUGUGCUUCAAAGUAAUGCAAACUACCGCGUAGGGAAGUUCACAUCGCCCCAUUUGGUCCACAUAACAGAUUGUAUAAGCAUCAACGGGAAACCCAUUCCUUGGCAAGACUUUCAAAGCAUUAGAGACCAGUUGCAAGAGACGAACAGAAAGCACAAAUUUGGAUGUUCAGAGUUUGAACUUUUGACAUGCACAGCGUUCAGCUAUUUUCAAAGCAUGAAGUGCAAUUGGUGCGUCUUGGAAGUAGGUUUGGGUGGUCGUCUGGAUGCUACAAAUUGUUCAAUUGGAACAAACAAGAUUUGUGGGAUUACCAAGGUCGCAAUGGAUCACCAAAGCUUUCUGGGAGACACUUUGGCAAAGAUUGGGAAUGAAAAGGCGGGUAUAAUAACUCCUGGUGUUGAGUUUGUUGCCGUGGACGGUACCAAUGAGACUGAAGUGCUUGAUGUCAUUGAGAAACGAGCCGUCACCGUCAACUGCAUUGCGUCAUAUACUUCCUCCAUUGUUUCUGGUAAUAUCAUCAAAAGUGAGUCUUGGGGCGAUAUAGACCGGAACAUUGUACCACUGAAUGGCAGCUACCAGAUCUCAAACGUAGCGGUUGCCAUUUCCAUGCUGGACUAUCUGCAAAAGAAGAAACUCAUAUCCAUUUCAUUGCCACAGCUUCAAGAUGGGCUGAAAAAUGUUCGCUGGCCAGGAAGACUACAGUAUGUGAAUUACUACACAACAGACAAACAUAAAGAACAUUUGAAAUUGUUGAUAGAUGGCGCACACAACGGCAAUGCAGCAACCGCUCUUGCAACCUAUGUCACUGAAUCGUUUCGUCCACUUGGGUCCGAACCGGUUACUUUCGUCAUUGCCGUGACGCAGGGAAAAGAUGUGCAUUCUCUGCUCGCUCCUUUAAUCAAACCUCAAGACACUGUCAUAGCUACACGAUUUGGAAAAGUCGACGGUAUGCCAUGGCUAUCGGCUAUGGACUUGCCUGAUUUGGCAUCGCAGGUUGCGAAAUACACGCAAAACGUCUCAACGGCACCUGAUAUUCAGACAGCCCUUGACCAAUUGCCCGAAAAUCAUCCAAGCAGCCAAGUGGUAGUUUGCGGAUCUCUCUACUUGUGUGGAGAGCUUCUUCGUAUCGAAAACGUUGUAUAG